AUGAGUCUGUGCGCUCAGACGCAGGACGAGUCCGCGGUCGCUCCGCCCAUAAUCGUUAUCGAGGAGUCCGACCCUCGGGACGUCGCGGCCGUCACCCUUCCGCCUGAGGGAAAUGUAUCAUUGCACGAUUACAGAAUCGUUAGCAACAAUAUUCGUGCGUGCGUUCGUACCUCGUCAACCAAAGAGGACUUAGUGUCGAAAUUAGAUGUGUGGUCGUCUGUGUCUUCUUCUAGGGAUAAAAUAUUAGAACUAUUACGACCAGAGGAUCCAGGCAAAGACGCGCUGGAAGCGAUAGUCCGAUCGACGCCGAGGCGAGGCCUCGUUCGUCCCUACGAUGAGGAUACGAAACGCUUCCUCCAGAGAGCUCUAAAGACUCCGAGCCCCACUAGUAUACCUCAAUGUGAACCAGACUCUCGGUUGGCGACGACCGAGGACAAAGAUGACAAACCUAAACAUAAGACUGACUCUGACGAUAAGAAGGAGAGAUCUUUAGCUGAUGAGCUUCGAGAAGCGGAGGAAGAUGAGGUAUCUGGAGCUAAAAUGAGACGAGAAUUAUUGAGAGAGUUCAGGAAAAGAGGCGGAGGUAUCAGGGAGUCGAUGGAGAGAGAUAGACUAGGGAAGCUGGCGCUGGCAGUGGAGGAAGACGAGGAUUACGAGGAGUGCGGGCUGACGGCAGCGGCGCGACAACUGGACGCGUUGUUGGUGGAGUCUCGGAGCCUUCACGAGGAGCUGGCGGGCAUCCACGAGGACAUGCAGAUCCAGUGCGCGCGUGCAUACCGCUGCUCGGCCGCAGCGCGUGCGUUGACAGCGGAGUCGCGCUCGCUGCGGUACCUGGAUGACGUCGUGGCCCUGCUGCGCGGUGACGUCACCGCAGCGCAGCGCACGCGCGCCUGGCCCUUCGCUUUGGGUCGCAGGCAGCCCGGCAGGAACUAUAUUGUGUAA